UGUAAUAGAUUCAAAUCAAAACAAAUAUCAUGUUAUCUCUGUCAUACUGUGGGGUUAAAUAAGCGCAAUACACAGCUUGAAUAAGCAUAAUACUGUCUUUAAACAAUCCAUGACAGUUUAAAGAAGGAUAAAUUAGACCACUUGUCUCUUUAUAACUUCACCAAAUUAUGUUUGUGUAUUUAAGAAUUUCGAGGAAAAUAGAAUUUUCUGGUAGAAAAAAACUACAAUGACAAAGCUAUUUUAUUGUUUUUGAAAUGAUAGAGUACAAUAUAAGUUUACCAUAUUUAUAGUGGAUUUAGUAGCUUUUUAUCUGCAACAUGCUUGGUAAGAGAUAUUGAAUAAGAAAGUUGUUUAGUUAAUAUCUUGUGACAAUCAGGUUGUUGUCCAGUAAAAAAAACAAAUUUUGCCAAAUAUAUAAUGGUCUUCCUCUAUUGGACAUUUUAAUAUACAUUUUUACAUGAUAUAUGUUAGUAGCAUAUAUAUUUGCUUAUGACAUUUGCCAGCACUUUUGUUACAUGGCACCGUACAAAAACAAUAGUACUUAUUAUUUUCAAGUUUUCAAGUAUCACAUAACCACUCGAAAGGUUUUUCAGUUUAUUGGAUUAAUAUUCAAGUGUCAGAGCUACUUCUGGCUGAAAAAGGGAAUCCAGAUAUUGGGUUUAUGCCACAAACCACUGUAUGGCUGCUACUGUGCCACAAUGUGAUGGCCUGUAACAACAAAACUUUAAUCUUAUUUGUUCAUUUGUGGCUGGGCCGGACAAUACACCACUUGUGGUAUAGCUGGGAGAAAUUGGAUGUUUUCAAAGAAUGUUCCCCCGUUUCUUAUCGUAAGCUUACUUUGAUAUAUAUCAGUGGUCAAGCUAACACGGAUGUACUGACCGUGUAUUAAGUGUAAGUGGAUUUAGACCAAGAGCAUUUGAAAAGGGCUUCAAUAGUUACUUAUUAUGCCCAUUAAAGUGCACAGAUUAACUUUUUUUAUUUGAAAUUGGUUAGAUUUGUAAAUGAACAAACAGUUUUAUUAAUUCAGACUUUAGGGAAUAAAAAGAUAGUAAAAGGGCAAUGGCACUGAAAGACCACCAACAAAAUGGGUCUGUAUGUUUAUGGAGUUUAGUGAUGGUCAUUUACUUAAUAGUUCAAAGCAGAUGGAUUUCAUUAACAGAAGCUGACACAAUUCGAUGUCCUUCUGUAUGCUUGUGUGACAAUAAAGAAAAGUUUGUAAUGUGCCAAGAAAAAAACCUGUCUCAUCUGCCUUUUCCAUUACCGAGUGAGACACAUAUUUUGGGAUUGUCCCAAAAUCAUUUCACUGGACUGACAAGCAGCAUGUUUAUUGAUACUGGAUUAGAAGAAAGUCUACAAUCCUUGGUUCUGUAUGAUAACCGCAUAGCUAGUAUCGAACCUGGCAGUUUCUUGGGCUUACAAAAACUCUCUAAUCUCUGGCUUUUUGGAAAUCAGUUGACCACGCUUGAAAAGGGAACAUUUGAAGGAAUGAAUAAGCUAGCAGAACUAGAUUUAAGCAGGAAUUACUUAGUGAAUAUUGAAGAUGGUACGUUUGAUGGUUUAAAAAAGUUGGAAGUGCUACAUCUUUGGGGUAACAAACUGAAGACGCUGCACACAAAUGCUUUCCAAGGACUGAACAGUCUUUCUAAUCUCUCUUUAGGUGAUAACAAGUUCGAAGCGGUUCCAUCUAAUGCAUUCCCCCACCUUACCAAUCUAAGCUCGCUGGAAUUACUGAACCUUCCAAUUGAGAAACUACAAGCGAGUGCAUUCGUUGGUUUGAGCAAUUUAAAAAGACUGCAUAUUGGAGACUGGCCACUCACACAAAUAGAUGAAGCAGCAUUUGCAGGACUUGACAACUUACGUUAUCUCUCAUUAUAUCGAUGUAAUUUGAUAAAAGUUCCCCAACCUCAACUUUCAUUUCUACCACAUCUCAAACAUCUUGUUUUAAGCAACAACAAAAAUAUUAGAAGUUUAAAGCGGGAUGACUUCCAAGGGAAUCUGGAAUUAGAAGACCUUUUUUUAUCCAACAUUGGGCUUAGCACAAUACAUGAGAGUCCAUUUCAUUUGCUUACUUCAGUGAAGAAUUUGGAUUUGUCAGUGAAUAAACUGUCUGUACUACCAUCCCAUGCAUUCUUACAGAUGGAGCAUCUACAUUCUCUAAAUCUUUCCCACAAUUCAAUUCAAAGUCUGUCAUAUCCUCUGUUCAUUCCACUAAGCGUGCUGAACAAUGUGGACUUGCAGGGCAACCCACUGGUUUGUGACUGUGACAUUAAAUGGUUGAGAUUGCUUCGGGAAAUGCGAAUAAAAGAGCAGUUCACACUGAAAGGCCAAUGCAGUGACCCUUCUAUACUGGCAGGGAAAGACAUUAUAACAUUACAGACCAGCAAGUUCAUUUGCCAAGCUCCAGUGUUUCAUAAAAAUAAAACGGUGAUUGCAAGAAUUGGCUCCAAUGUAUCGUUGUCAUGCCAACCAGAUGAAGGGGUGCCCACACCUAAGUCAAUUUGGACAAUAAAGCAGACAGACCACUCAACGCAUCUAGUUACAAAGAAGGAUGGAACGCUCUUCAUAACCAAAGUAAAAACAUCAGAUUACGGUGCUUACACAUGCGAGGCAAGCAAUAAACUUGGAAGUGCUGAUCUUACUGUGUUUCUAGUGGAGCAUGUACCAGUUGCUCAAACAAGUGGUGGAGCAACAACUGGUAUAUUGGUGGGUCUUACUGUCAUUGUUGUACUUGUAUCAGUUGUUGUGUUGUACAGACGUUAUGGUAAAGGAAAGUUUGGAAGUAGUUUAUAUGAUGCAAUGUUAGGGGAAACAGAGAACCAGCGACUUUCCAUGAAAGGUUUAUCAAAAGGAGCAUAACUGUCACCACAACUGCAAUAAUUAGAUAAUAUAUAAAAAUAAUG